AUGACACCAUAUUUAUGCAUAGGGGUAGCUCGUGUCCGUGAUAAUGUGUGGGUUAUACAAACAGAAGUGAUGCACUUCAAUAUGGAUGCAGGAUGUGUGAUCUCCAAUGUCUGUGUCGUUAGAACUUACGAGAAUGCAUGGGCUAUGGAAGAAUGGUGUGUUAUCCGUUUAGUGAUGGAUGGGGAAUAUGUUGAUGAAGAAAUGAUAGUGAGCAUUGUCUCUGGGGCUACACUAUCUAUCAUAUUGAUCUUAGUUACAUUCAUGCGUAGGUACACAGUUUCAGUGUCAGAAGCUGCAGAGGAAGCAGGAUCUGUAACCUUACCUAGGGAGGGCCCAGAAUUUUCUUUUGCACUGAACUGGGCUCUUGCUGGAAGAGGUGUAAUAGUAAAGGAUAAGGUACUUCAUAACUUGGAUUCCUCCGAGCUUCAAAAGAAUGGUGCAACUAGAUUAGAAAGCUUGUCUGGUAUUCCACUUCACGUGAGAGGAAAUGCUGUGGAGGGAGCUUCUAAAAUUUCAAGGGCACAAUUUGCUGAACUUUUAAAACAGGUUACCUCUCAUAUUUCUUCGGUAUCUAAUGUAUUUGUUCAAGAUGGGGCUGUUGCUUCUGCUGGAAAAUGUGAUGCAAAGGUUCGUGUCAUAAGUGAUAGUCCCUCUGCAAUACUGUCACUUUCCCAUAUCCUCUGGGAAACACCUAGCAGAGCAGUUUCCCAUGACUCUUGCCCCUUAACAGUCUAUGUUGCUAGCAAUAUCAGUCCAAGAAUCAGUCAGGCUUUUGGUCUUGCAACACAAGCCUCUACUGGAUUUGCAGCAGCCGACAUAGAGCGUUCAUCCCUCAUUUUGUGUGGUAGAGCUUUCGCUGAUGCUAAUGCUAUCAGAGAUGCCUUAGCUGCUUUGGCUGCUCCUUUAAUAUCUGCAAGGGGAGGCCUUCCACUUGCUGCCAGGCUCCUUGAGGCUGGUGAUUCUAUGAUUCUUUUGUUUGCUUCGGAAGACACUAUUCGGACCUGUUCUGAUCUUUGUCAGGCAUUGGUGACUCAAGAUGCUGGAGUUGUUUUGAGUUCUGAUAGUGUGCUUCCCUUUUUCAGAACUAAAGGUCCUGCAAAAAAGCUGCUAAAGAAACCUGCUUCUGUGAUCAUUGCUUCCGCUGACAGCACCGGUGCAAUUCCAUUGGUAUCGAAGCUGUCUCCAGGACAAGCCGCUUAUCACUUUUUGGCAGGCUAUCAGGAUGGAAAAUUCUUGCCUGCUUUCAGCAGAGGUCCUUCGCCUCUUGAUCCGCUAGCACUUGCCAUUGCCCUAUUGUCACAUUUAAAGAAUAAUGAGAUCUCGUCCUUCUUGAUCAAUGUUAACAGUGGUGGAAAGCAUAUAACUGGUGAGGAGAUUAUUAGACUUGCUUCAGUCACUUUAUCCGAUAAAGCGCCAGAGGGCAAAACAGGGAUUGUUGAUUCCAAAGUUAGAGAUCUCAAGGGGAAGUACAGGAGUUUUUUAUCUAGUAAGUUUCAGGAGCUGCCUGAAGAGUUCACAUUUUGACUAGUGCUUCUCAUCUCGGCAAGCACAGUCCUAUGAUGUCUAUUUUGUGCUGUAAGCCUUCGAAAACAAAGCUGGUCCCGUAUUUAUGGAUGCUAUCUUGUAACGGCAUCGCCAGUUAGUAGAAUUUUCAUCCGUUUGAUUCUCGUGACAGGCAUCUAUGGCUAUCCUCUUGAUGGUAUCACUAGAGUCUGUGGUUAUUGGCUAAAUUGUACUUAAAUGCCCUAUAAUUUCAUCAAUGCUGUAAUUAAGUGACCGCUAUUUUCAAACCGAGCAAAUAAAUGCCUCGUAGUAUUUAAAUGUUACAGAUAAAUGCCUAAAGCUUCAAAUUAUCA